AUCACUAGAACCAAGAGGCAUGGAGGUGCUACGUUAGUUUUGAUCCACAAACAAACUACUAGACUCAUGAGUUGCUUGUAAUAUCCGAUAAAUAUCUCAAAAGUGGAGUAAUCCCAUUGACUUUGAUGUGGCGGAAUAACCUCAGGACCGAAUCCUAGAGUUGGGCUACUCAUCAAAGCAUCUGGGGGGUUUAACGAUCUGUCUGUUGAUGAUGAUGAUGAAUCAGAGGGGCACAGCAAGGAGGAUAGUUUCUCUGGACUGAAGUGAAGACCACCACCCUCUUGAAAGAAGAAGUGUGAAAACAUGCCCUUGCCAUUUGGCUUAAAACUCAAAAGGACUCGAAGGUAUACAGUUUCAAGCAAGAGCUGUCUUGUCACUCGGAUUCAGCUGCUCAAUGGAGAGUUUGUUGAGUUUACACUUUCAGUGGAGAGCACCGGGCAGGAAUGUUUGGAGGCAGUUGCUCAGAGACUUGAGUUAAGAGAGAUAACAUACUUCAGCCUGUGGUACUUCAACAAGCAGAACCAGCAGAGAUGGAUCGACUUGGAGAAGCCGCUGAAAAAGCAGCUGGACAAGUACGGGCUGGAGCCCACCGUUUACUUUGGAGUCGUGUUUUACAUACCCAGUGUCACCCAGCUGCAACAGGAGAUUACAAGAUAUCAGUAUUACCUACAACUGAAGAAGGAUGUUCUGGAAGGCAGGAUCUCAUGCUCACUAGAACAAGCUAUUCGUUUAGCUAGCCUGGCAGUGCAAGCUGACUUUGGAGACUUCAAUCGAUAUGAUUCCCAGGAGUUCCUCCAGAAGUUUGCGCUGUUCCCUAUUGACUGGAUCCAGGAUGAGCGAGUGCUGGAAGAGGCCACUCAGAAAGUGGCUCUUCAUUAUCAGUCCUUCAGGGGUUUGUCAGCCCCAGAGGCAGAGAUGUUGUACAUGCAGGAGGUGGAGAAAAUGGAAGGCUAUGGCCAGGAAAGCUAUCAAGCCAAGGACAGUACAGGCACAGAUGUUUCCAUGGGAUCCUGCCUCGAUGGCAUCUUUGUAAAGCAUAAAAAUGGCAGGCCGAUUCUUUUAUAUAGGUGGAAUGAAAUUAACAACAUGAGUCACAACAGGUCCUUCUUUGUCCUGGAGCUCGCCAACAGAGAGGAGAGUGUCCAGUUCCAGACCGAAGACAUGGAAACCUCCAAAUAUGUGUGCCGGAUGUGUCUGGCCAGGCUCAAGUUUUAUAAGAUUAACAAGAGUAGCCUAGAGGAGUGUGACCCCCUGCCUUCUGAGGGCUCCCAGAAGUCCCUUCUCAAUCUAUCCUUUCCUCGCUUUCCAAUGCUCUCUCGUCCCUCUCUGCCUUCUAAUAAGGGCCAAACCCAGCCAGUCGUCAACCCAGUCAGACGAAGAUCCUCUACUAGAAUAUCUCUGCCAAAGCCUCAGGCCUACAUGAUGCCCCCUCCACAGAUGCACUACAAUGGUCAUUUCACAGAGCCUUACACAUCAUCACAAGACAACCUGUACAUGAACAGUCAGAACGGUUAUUACUACCACUCCCAGACCAGCCUGGACUGCUCUCCUCUGGAAUACAGCAGCGGAGGGCGUUUACGUAACGGCAGUGUGUACAGCGCCCACAGCACCAGCUCUCUAACCAAUCCCCAGCACUACCAUCAGCCCUCGCCCAUGUCCUCCAACCCCUCUAUCACUAGUGACAUCACCAGGCCGGAUUAUGUCCCCUCACAUCGCCACAGCGCUCUCAUCCCCCCUUCCUACCGCGCCACUCCCGAUUAUGAGACGGUGAUGCGUCAGCAGAACCGGGGAGCAGGAGGAGGGAUGCUUUUGUCUCAAGAGCACCGGCAGAGCCACUCCAUGAGAAACCUGAACAUUGGAAACUCGUACGCCUACAGCAGACCAGACCCUCUAGUUUACAGCCAGCCAGAGAUCAGGGGGGAGCAUGGCGGAGCAGCCCAACACUAUCAUUAUCCCUUCCAUCUCGGCUCGAGCUUCCACAGCCCCUCUCCAUACCCCUACCCCACAGAGAGGAGGCCCGUAGUGGGGGCCGUUAGUGUCCCGGAGCUCACUAACGUCCAGUUACAACAGGCACAGGAGUAUCCAGCCCCUAACAUCAUGAGAACACACGUGUACCGACCACCUCCACCCUACCCAUACGCCCACCCUCGGCCUGCCAACAGCACACCUGACCUGUCGCGUCACCUGUAUGUCAGCAGCAGCAACCCAGACUUGAUCAUCACGAGGCGUGUGCAUCACUCUGUCCAGACUUUCCAAGAGGACAGCCUGCCUGUCGCCCACUCUUUACAGGAAGUGUCGGAGCCUCUUUACUACGGACCCCCACAGAGACACCCAUACCACGCUCAGAAGCGGAACUCCAUUGAGAUCGCUGGAUUAGCACACAGUUUCGAGGGGAUAAGGGUCAAAGAGCGGACCGUGUCUUCUUCGGCGGCUGAAGCUGCCACGCCCCCUCCGGCGCUGCGCGGCGGUCGCUCUCAGGGCUCUCAGCUCAACGUGUUUUUGGAACGUACAAAGACAGCGGAUAGGGGUGGCAUAAAGGAGGACGUGCAGUAUGGACACAAAAAGUCCCUUUCAGAUGCCACCAUGCUGGUUCACAGUAGCGGCGAAGAAGAGGAGUUUGAGGACGACAGUGGACGUCACACUCCACUCUCUCAGGAUGUAGUAGCAGCGGCUGGUCCUGAGCAGGCGUCACAACAGCACCGCAGCUUGACAUCUCUCUCUUCUCUGACGCCUCAGCAACAGACACCCAUAGAGCCGCCUCCAGCAUAUCCCAUAGGCUCCUCUCUUGACCCCUCUAUAGCCAGCUCUUUGACUUACAAGGUUCACCACCUGAUCCAGGAGGGUGAGCCUCUGUACAUGCGGUCCGAUUUACGCCAGCCCAGGAUUAUGCCCUCGGUCUCUGAGGGAGACCUGAGCGGCCAGGCCAAGCAGAAGACUAAAAAAGACUUCAAGAAGAGGCCUGUGUCUGAUGUGCCUCCUGGGAAGAAAACAGUAGAAGGUUUGCCACCUCCGGGCAUGAAGAAAGGAGCCAGGUCAGAGGUGAAGAAGAUGGGCCCUCUGAAGGUGGCCCAGCUCAAUGGCCUGUCAGUUUCCAGGCAGCCAAUGCACGAAGAGAUCAAGGAUGAGCCUGAAAGAUUCUCUAAUGACGAGAGGUGUAAAUUGCUGGAGCAGCAUAUGGAGCGGGGAGAGCUGUUGAAAGAGUACGAGAGCAUCCCGAAGCGUCGUCCAGCAGGGGAAUGCACUGUCGCCCUGCUGCCAGAGAGCGGAGACAAAAACCGCUUCCAGGACGUCCUGCCUUACGACGACACCCGAGUGGAGCUGGUUCCCACUAAAGAGAACAACACAGGAUACAUCAAUGCAUCACAUAUUAAAAUGUCAGUAGGCUGUCAGGAGUGGAGCUACAUUGCCUCGCAGGGUCCCCUGUCGAACACGUGUCCGGACUUCUGGCAGAUGGUGUGGGAACAGGGUGUCUCCAUCAUCGCCAUGGUCACCGCCGAAGAGGAGAGCGGCCGAGAAAAGAGCUUCCGGUAUUGGCCCCGACUCGGCUCACGACACAACACGGUGACGUACGGCCGCUUCAAGAUCACAACACGGUUCCGCACAGAGUCCGGCUGCUACGCCACGACGGGGCUGAAGAUCAAACACCUCCUGACGGGCCAAGAGAGGACUGUCUGGCACCUGCAGUACACAGACUGGCCUGACCACGGGUGUCCUGAGGACUUGAAAGGCUUCCUCACCUACCUGGAGGAGAUCCAGUCUGUGAGGAGACACACAAACAGCAUCAGUGACCCAAAGAACACCAACCUACCUGUGCUGGUCCACUGCAGCGCUGGAGUGGGACGGACCGGUGUGGUCAUCCUGUCUGAGAUCAUGAUAGCCUGUCUGGAGCACAAUGAGACGCUGGAUGUCCCAAAAUACCUGUUCAAGCUGCGCAGUCAGAGAAUGAUAAUGGUUCAGACCUUGUCUCAGUACACCUUCAUCUACAAGGUCAUCAUCCAGUACCUCCGCAACUCCAGGCUUAUAUGAGCACAAGUGGCUCGUCUUCGUCCCCCCCGGUGUACACCGCCAUCACAGGUGAUAGUAGGAUGGAGUUCGCUCCAGGGUUUAUGCCAAACUGCACUGUGACGAUGCAGCCGCUGUGUGAAUCUGUUCACCGUAGCGGUCGGUAUGUGGCGGACCCCCGUGUUUGGUGAAGUAUUAAAUUAGGCAAGGCUGAAGGAAUGAUGUGUGGAUAUACAAGAAAGAAGCGAUACCACACAAAGGAGCAUAAAGACUUAUGACCUGCCUCUAAACAGUAUUAUAUAUAUUAUUUUUUACAUGCUUAAUAAAGCCCAGCACUUUUACAGUACUUUUGCUGUACAUAAUGAACCAAUGUUAAGCUGCAUUGAAAAAAAACUUUAUUAUGGAUAUGUAUAAAAAAAAAAAAAACAGUUGCAUUUUCAUUUGACAAAGGUCACUUUUUAAUUAAAUGUUUUGGAUUGCUGUUUGGUAACUAUUGGUUCUGGUAAUGAAGGACAUUUCUGUAGGAAUGAAGAAAAAUAUCAUUACGGAGCCCAGAUGGAUUUUAACUUUAUCAUGUGGCCUGUGGUGGUACAGACAGGGGGGGGUUUGUCCCUGCAUUUAACUUAAGAAUAUAGAUUUAUAUUCAACAGAAUGACGCUAAUGUGAUUCAGCUGUGCUAUUUGGUAUGAGUAACUUUCAUGUUAAAAAAGCCCCACUGAACAUUAUCCACAACAAAAACACCUGCUAAGAACACAAAUGUAUAUUCUCUGUGCACAAAGAGGGAUUGGUCUUUGUUAAACACUGGAUUGAUGCGAAGUAGAAACACAUUGCACAGGUUCCAGAAAUACAUUUUAGCUUAUGAGCUAAGAAAGACGGCAGGUUUUUGAGUCGACAGUAAAACUGGAAAUUUUAUACUCAUUUUUCAUCCCUUUUUUUAUCAACUCUGGAGUGCUGUAUUUGAGCAAAAUCAUAGUACUUUAAAAAUAUUUUGUCAAGACAAAGUGCCUAAAUCUACCUUGUAAAGUUGAAAGGACUAUUUUUCUUUUAGUAAGAAGGAAAUUGAAGUGUUCUCAUUCAGUGUCAUUUAAUGCUCGUUUGAUUGCAGUGAUGUGUGUUUUAUUAAUGCCAAUCCAGUCAUUUGAGAAACAUCCCUGCAUGAAGCACAAGGAUUCAUAUCAAUAGUGAUCAUGAUGAUUCUUGAAUUUGGCUCAGACCCCUUAGGUUUUGUCACUGUGUCAUUAUUAAGUACAUAUCAAUUGGGAAGUGAGGUCAUUUGACAGCAUUUAGAAGUUUUCCCUCCAGUGAGAAAUGUCCAUGUGCGGACACUUUCUGCUGUUACAAAUGACUAUUAAUGAACACUUUAAUUUCCUGCUGCAGCUACAGGAAGUAUUUACAAACAAUGCUCACAGGCAUGGCAAAGUUUACAUGAAGUCUUUUUAACAAUGUUAAUUUGAAAUAUUCUGCCUAUAUUAUCAAUUCAAGGCGCCAACUUAAUUUAUAAUGUGGCCAAAGUGAAGUGAUUGUUAAUCCCUCAUUUGUCUUACCCUGAUGUUUUUGUUGUUGUUUGUGUCUAGACGCGUGGGCUGUGAUCUAACUUAACUGGAGAAAAAUGCAUCUUAACCGAGAUGUGUUUUAACUGGAUCUUUUUAAAAGCCCGUAUGAAUUUGCUUCAGGUUUUGUGUUUUUUGGUUUUAAGAUACUGAUUGAGUCUUAGUGUGGAGACUGAAAAGAGUGAUUUUUGUGGCCAAGGUGUAACUGUUUUGCCCAUGUACAGGUAUGUUGUUCAUAAUGUACACAAUGUAAAAUUCUGCUUUUAUGAAUAUUGGUUAUUGUACAAACUAUGUAUAAACUGUAUCUAUUGAAAAAAAAAAUGGUAUGCCAUUGGAAAAAAAAAAAAA